AAUGAGGCAGAAUUCUCCAUGGUAACCGCAGCCCUCUGAGGCUGUCGCUGCUAAUCCUUCAGGAGCUUACUCAUUUCUUACUUGCCAUAAGAGGGUCUUAACCAAAACACAGGAGUUCUGCCCAAAACAGCUCCUGGAUAAUCAUUGUGACCAGGCAACCCGGUGCGAGCACAGGAGACAACACUGCAGAAAGCAAAUAGGAGGAAAAGGGCAGUUAACAUGCACCGGAGGUCCAGCUCUUCCCUGCUGCUGGUGCUGCUACUGAUAAGUGCUGUGGAGACUGGAGGCCAUGAGCACAGGUACCUUGAGGAUGUGCUGCAGGCUCUGGGUGUGCAGGGGGCAGAGGGCCAGCCCAGACUCCAGAGAUGCCAUAUUGGACUCCUGAUCAACAGAGUGCUGCAAGCGGUGCAUUGUGAGGAGCAGUUUGACACCUCACACGACAUCUGUGGAAAGUGCCUGACUCCAGACACAGUUCUCUCUGUCCUGGACAAUAACAGAAGCCCCCUCCUCACUGAAGAGGACUAUCAGAAGAUUUCUACGGUGUUGCUUUACUAUAUCAUUAACUUGCAAGACUUGUGCAUGCCAAAUAUGGCUUCCUCUCUCACAUCCUCCUCUCUUUCAUCAUCUUCUGAGAAUUAUCAGUUUUAUUUGUUGGCCCUUGCUAACCUGCACCCCGCAGAGGACAAUCUUUUUUUAUCAUUCAAUGAAACUGGAAGCGUUCUACAGCUUAUCAACAGACAUUACCAUCCAGUGCACCAAGAAUCUGAUAUGCAAUGUGUUGAUGCAGCUCAUCUUCUCAGGAAAAUUGAUGUUGGAGAAGAUCCUGGUGCUGACAUGUCCACUGUGCCUAAACUGUCUGCAGCCAUCAUCAGUCACAUGCUCCUGGGACACUGUUUCCAACAAAGAAAUCUCCCCUCUCCAACUUUCUUCACAGACUACAUCUUUGAAUCCUUAAACUGCUCGAGAAAUCUCCAGCUAUUUGAUUUAGAAGAAUUGCUUCAUCAGUUGGGAGUGGGCCAUGAAGAUAUGGCACACCAUCAUAGCAGAAAGAGGCGGAGCAUCACUAGAAAUACACAAAAAGAUAAAGAGCAUCAGUUCGGAGAGGGUGUCUGUGACGAGGAGAAUAAAGCAACUACCAGUGAUUGGGCCCAGGUCUGUUUUUCUGCCAAUCAGUUGGUGGAUAUUUUUGCUCUGGAUCCUUAUUUGCCAAUUUCCAAGGACCACUUCAGACAAAUUUGCCCUGCCAUCAUUCAGCAGUUGCUAGGCAAUGCUUGUGAGUCUACAGAGUCAAACACAAGAGGACCUCAGCCCACUGCUUUGGAGAAGUAUGGCUACAGUACAAUUGCAGUCUUGCUCAUCACUCUUGGCUCUAUGCUUGGCACCUGCCUGAUUUUCUUCCACUCCUGCCAGGAGACAUACACCCUGAUCCUCCAGCUGUUUGUGGGCCUGGCGGUGGGGACCCUGUCUGGGGAUGCACUGCUUCACCUCAUCCCACAGAUCCUAGGUCUUCACGAACACGAUCACAUUAAAAAAGAACAUUUUGCUGAAGGAAAGGACCAUCUUUGGAAACUUUUGGGCAUGAUAGCUGGAAUCUAUGCUUUUUUCCUUCUUGAAAAGAUAUUUGCAUUUGUGGUUCCAUCUCAUGCACAUAGUCAUGGACUUCCUUUGGAGCUCAACUGCAAUGGUCAGUCUCAGAGGGGCAAGUCCAUCUCCACUAUACAGUUGGGCCCUGUGGAUGAAUUGGAUUGUGCAGAAAUGUCCCCGGAGCACACAAACAUGAGAAGCCAUCCAAAACAAAGACAAGGAGUUCCUCUACUGGCUGUGAUGGUAAUUGUGGGAGACAGCCUUCAUAACUUUGCCGAUGGCCUUGUUAUUGGGGCUGCCUUCUCUUCAUCGGCAGAGACUGGAAUGGCGACCACAGUGGCAAUCCUUUGCCAUGAGAUACCACAUGAGAUGGGAGACUUUGCGGUGCUGCUGAACUCAGGCCUACCUGUGAAGACUGCCGUGCUCAUGAACUUCCUGAGCGCCCUCACUGCCUUCAUGGGCCUCUACAUUGGUCUGUUUGUGUCUGCAGAGGCCCAGGUGCAGCAGUGGAUCUUCAGUGUGACAGCCGGGAUCUUCCUCUACCUCUCCCUGGUAGAAAUGCUCCCGGAGAUGAGUCGUGUGAAGACCACUCGGCCCUGCCUCAUGUUUUUUCUGCAGAACCUUGGACUCCUGAUGGGCUGGGCUUGCCUCUUACUGCUGGCCCUCUUUGAACAUGAACUCAGACUGUAAACAAUAUACUUUCAUAUAACAUAUUUAUCACCAUAAGUCCCUGUUAUGCAAGUAAAGUGAAAUCAAAUUUAAAUAAGCUCAUGUUUUUAGAAAUCACAGAAGCAUGUAAAUUGUAUCUUUUUAUAUAUUGUAUUUUAUACUCAUGAUAUGUCAUACCAAAUAGACACAUAGAGUUUUCUGUGGAAAGUGAGUGUGUGUAGUAUAAGAUAUAAUUUGUUCAGAUAAUAGCAAUGAUAUCAAUAAUACUGUCCUGUUUAAUUGGUAAUAGUCCAAUUUUAAUGGCCUUAUCAGAAGCUUUGUUUGGUAUAAGCUGCUUUAAACAUUUUUUAUGUAAGAUGUUUCUUCUUGGCAGUUUCUCACCUCUGUAUCAUUGUUAUUUGUUUUGGCCCUCUGUGUGAUCCAAUAUGAGGGCACUUCCACCCACCUGGGCUGUUGUGUUCAUCCACCAACCUGGAUGACUAAUGCUCACUGUGCAAGACUGAGGCUCAGCAGCCACUGCCCACACACUCUCUGCUGGCCAGAGCAGGCCCACUGACAGAGGAACAACACAAUACAGACUAUUACUUUCAGUGUGUGAAGAUGAAAUUAUAGCUGUAAUAAAAUAAAAUGAAAAACAUGGUUCAUUUU